AUGACCCAAACGAAGCAGCCAAACCACCGAGCCUGGUGGAAGGAGUCCUCUGUAUACCAGAUCUGGCCAGCUUCGUUUAAAGAUUCGAAUAACGAUGGAAUUGGCGAUAUCCCGGGUAUCAUUUCUGAGCUGGACUAUAUAAAGAACUUGGGCAUCGAUAUCGUGUGGCUAUGCCCGUCAUACAAAUCCCCGCAGGUCGACAUGGGCUACGACAUUGCCGACUAUUACAGCAUUGCCGACGAGUAUGGCACGGUCGCAGAUGUGGAGAAACUGAUUGAGGGCUGCCACAAGCGUGGAAUGAAGCUGCUUAUGGAUCUGGUGGUGAAUCACACUAGCGAUCAGCAUGAGUGGUUUAAGCAGUCGCGCAGUUCUAAGGAUAACGAAUACCGUGACUGGUACGUCUGGAAGCCUCCUCGCUAUGAUGAGCAGGGCAAUCGUCAGCCUCCCAAUAACUGGAUCUCUCACUUCCAAGGGAGUGCAUGGCAAUUUGACGAACACACGGGCGAAUAUUACCUUCAUCUAUACGCUACAGAGCAGCCCGAUCUGAACUGGGAGCACCCACCUGUCCGCAAAGCCGUCCACGACAUCGUCCGCUUCUGGCUGAACAAGGGCUGCGACGGUUUCCGUAUGGACGUAAUCAACUUCAUUAGCAAGGACCUCAACUACCCCGACGCAGAAAUUCAAGACCCUCGCCGCGACUGGCAAUGGGGUGACAAGUUCUACGCCAACGGACCUCGCCUACACGAAUACCUGCAGGGAAUCGGCGCGAUUCUUAAAGAAUAUGAUGCGUUCAGUGUGGGCGAGAUGCCCUUCGUCAAGGACGAGAAGGAAGUGCUGCGAGCCGUGCAGUUCGACCGUAAUGAGCUGAACAUGAUUUUCAACUUCGAACACGUUGAUAUUGAUCACGGGCCUCAUGGAAAUAAGUUCGAGCCUGGUAGCUGGAAACUCACACAGCUUAAGGAUUUCUUCCAGCGCUGGCAGACUUUUAUGUAUGCCAAUGAUGGCUGGAAUGCUCUGUACUGGGAGAACCAUGACCAGCCUCGGUCUAUUGAUCGCUAUGCGAAUGCGCCUGAGAAGUAUCGCCGUAUCGCGUCGAAGAUGCUGGCUAUUGCUUUGGCUCUGCAGUCUGGAACUCCGUUCGUGUAUCAGGGUCAGGAGAUUGGUAUGCGAAAUGUGCCCAAGGAAUGGCCCAUCGAGGAGUACAAGGACAUUGAUUGUCUUAACCACUGGUACGGAGAGCAAAAGAAGGCAUACUUCACCCCAGAAGCCCAAGCCAUCGCCCUACAAGAAUACCAAAAGAAAUCCCGAGACAACGGCCGCACCCCGGUGCAAUGGAGCGAUGCUGAAAACGGAGGCUUCACCGGUCCGGGCGUCAAGCCCUGGAUGUCCGUGAAUCCGGAUUACCACCGAGUCAACGCCGCGGCCGAAGUCAAAGACCCCAACUCGACCUAUCACUUCUGGGCUUCUGUACUUGGACUGCGGAAGAAGUAUCUCGACGUUUUUGUCUACGGUGAUUGGGUCCAAGUCGAUGCGCCGAGCGAGGAAAUCUUCGCUUACACUCGCCAAUAUGAGAACCAGAAGGCACUGGUCCUUUGCAACUUCACGACGAAGGCUCUCGACUGGGAUGCUGGUAGCAGUGGAGUUGCGACUGUCAAGGAGGUGCUUUUGAAUAACUAUGACGGCGCCUCUGAUGCUGCGCAGCGCUUUUCCGGCGAGAAGUGGUCUCUUCGACCUUACGAGGGAGCUGUCUUGCUUCUGUAG